CUCUAACAACGGAAUUUGCCACGCGAUACAUCUGUCUGCUUUGACUUGACUGAGUAAUCUUUGUCCGUAAUCUGUGGAAACCUGGACUGGAAAUGUCAACAAAAUAAUUUCUAUUGCUGUGUGUGUGGGUUCUCGUGAAAAUUUUACUGCAACCAAAUAUUGUGUUGUUUAUUGCAACUUUUUCUUGAAAAAGAAUGUCUUCGAGACAUGAGGUGACGAGAUAUCAGGAACAUUCUAAAAGUAGAUCUGUAGAACGUCGACGUGACAAUAGACCCAGAAGUUAUGAGCGGAAAUCAAGAUCACUCUCUCCAGACAGAUCCAACAAGCACAGAUCUUCCAGUAGGGAAAAGAAUAAGAAAGAUAAAAAACAUAAACAUAAGAAAAGUAAGAAGAAAAAGAAGAGACAUUCUUCAUCUAGCAGUAGCUCUAACAGCAGUGAUACAGAUGAAGAAGAAUUGAAACUACUCCAGAGACUAGAAGCAGAACGCCUCCGUCUCAAAGAAGAGAAGAAGAAGCAAAAAGAGCUGAUGAAAGCUAAUGAGACUCCUGAGGAAAAGAGGGCACGUCGUCUUCAAGAGAAACAAGAGAAAGAGAGAAAAAGGCGUGAGCGGAUGGGUUGGGACAAUGAGUACCAGUGCUACACUAACCAAGACAAUCCGUUCGGAGAUUCAGCUUUGACUAAUACCUUUGUCUGGACCAAGAAAUUGGCCAAAGAAGGUGUCAAAACAGUCUCAAGGGAGGAGUUGGAAGCAUUCAAUAGGCAAAAGCAGUUAGAGAACAAAAUUGAACUGGAAAAGGUGAAGCAGCGGCGUUUAGAACGCGAGGCGGAGCGGGCGGCGCGCGAGUCUGAAGCGGCGGCCGCGGCGCGAGCCAGGGAGGCCGCGCAGUUCAGCUCCUGGGCCCGUCAGGAGGACGCCUUCCAUCUGCACCAGGCCCGUCUCCGCUCGCAGAUCCGCAUCCGCGACUCCAGGGCGAAGCCUAUCGACCUUCUGGCUUGGUACGUGAGCUCUGAAGAAUGCGUGGAUGCAUUAGAGAUGCACGAGCCAUACACCUACCUGAACGGGCUGCAGGCGCAGGACCUGGAGGACCUUCUGGAAGACAUCAAGGUGUACAAGGAGCUGGAGAGCUCUGCCAACCAGGCGUACUGGGAGGACGUACAGACCAUCGUGCUGGACGAACUGGGCAAGCUGCGACGACUGCACGCGCCCGACGCGCGGCGGGACGGCGUCCAUCAGGCCGUCGCCGCCGACGUCACGCAGAUCUUUAAGGGCAAGACUGGGGCACAGCUAGAGGCGCUGCAAACGCAGAUCGAAACCAAAAUCAGCGGCCGACGAGACGGUGUCGAUAUAGGGUACUGGGAGAGUCUGCUCAGCCAACUGAAAGCUCACCGCGCUCGCGCGCGACUGAGGGACCGGCACCAGUCCAACCUGCGCCGCAAGCUGAUGCUGCUCAAGCAGGAGCAGGGCGUCGCGCAACCACCAGCUACUGAAGAGACAGUGAAACCCGAAGACUCCUUAGCAUCUGAAGCCGGUCCCAGCUCACAAGCGGAAGCGGAUGCUGUAGCGGAAGCGGCCGCAGACGCGGAGGAAUCCGACGACGAGUGCGAAGUGUCGUCGGCAGCUUACAAGGCGGGCAGAUAUUCGCCGGUGUUGCUGCAAUCUGAGGACUUGGAACCCGGCACCUUACUCACUGACCCAGAGGACGAUCACACGCGGUUGAUGUACCUGCGACACGCGCUGCACGCCGCGCAUGCGCACGCGCAAGCUCGUGCGCCCGCUCGCAACGAUGUGGCCGCAGACGGCGCAGUAGGCAGUAGCACGGAAGCCCUGGAGCGCGAGACUCGACGCACGCUGGAGGCCGCGGGGGCGGGGGCGGGGGCGGGGGGGGCUGACCACCUGCCCUUCAGCGCGGAGCACGGGCUGCCCGCCGCGCCCUGCCUGUGGGCCGACAAGUACCGCCCCAGGAAACCCAGAUACUUCAACAGAGUGCAUACUGGCUUCGAAUGGAACAAGUACAACCAGACGCACUACGACAUGGACAACCCGCCACCCAAGAUUGUGCAAGGCUACAAGUUCAACAUAUUCUACCCAGACCUCAUCGACAAGAACGCCACGCCAGAGUUCUCGCUGAAAGCGUGCCCCGAGAACCCCGAGUUCGCAGUGCUGCGGUUCCACGCUGGCCCUCCCUACGAGGACAUCGCCUUCAAGAUCGUCAACCGCGAAUGGGAGUACUCCUACAAGCGAGGCUUCCGCUGCCACUUCCACAACAACAUCUUCCAGCUGUGGUUCCACUUCAAGCGGUACCGGUAUCGCCGGUAGACCCCGAACUGAUUAUGGGAAUAAUAAAACUUACCACAGUAUCUUUGACUUAUUAUUUGUAGUUAUGAUUUUAUUUAUUUUUUAAGCAUUUAACUGCUAGAUGUUUAAAUCUAAAGAAAAGUUUACUAGAAAAAAAAUCCACGCGGACCAGGCAGCGGACGGGACUCGAACCCGCAUCCUUCGCUAUCCGGGCGAAUGCACUGACCAUUAUUUGUAGAUCACACUAAUAUUAUAAAGGCGAAAGUUUGUGAGUGUGUAAGUAUGUAUGUUUGUUACUUCUUCACGUCUAAACAGCUGGAGCGAUUUUAAUAAAAUUUGGUAUGGAGUUAGCUGACACCCUAGAUUAACACAGGCUACUUUUAUCACGAAAAAAAUUUAGGUUCCAGAGGUAUUUUCAAGAAACUAAGGUUACACAGACGAAGUGGCGGGCGACCUCUAGUAUUUAAUUAUAAUAAGUUUAUUGUCCUUCUAAUGUACAAACCAUUUUCAAUAUUUCAUUUGCAUUAAUCUUGUAGGUGGUUCUUAAACUAGGAAAACCUGUGUCAUAAGCACCACACUGUGUCUUUUACUUAUUAUAUAAUCCUGACUAAUAUUAUAAACGCGGAAGUUGGUCUGUUACUAAAUCACGCAAAAACUACUGAACAUAUUUGGAUGAAAUUUGGUAUGCAUAUUUAUGUGUAUGACCUGGAUUGAGACUUAUGAUAGUUUUUAUGAUGUAAUGCAAGGUUCCUGUGGCACUCACAGAAAACGAAAUUUACUGUGGACAAAGUUGCUGGUGGCUACUAGUGAAAGUAAAAUAAUUAAUAUCUAGUUUAAUCAGAGUUUUACAAUGGCCAGUUAUUAGAUGGGUGACCUACAUUUAUUAUGCAGUUGUUAAUAAAUACAAAUAUUUAUUAAAAUUUACUUAUUAGAAAGUUCUUUUGAAUAAUAAUUUUUUUUUCUAACCACCCAUUCAGGACAUUUUAGUUGAUAAGAAGCUCAUUUGCAUUUCACAAAAAGUAGCAUUUACAUAAAAUUGGCAGUACCCACCAACCACAUAGGGUUCGUCUGAUAGGCCAUGCAUAGCCAAUCUUCGUAUUCCAUCCGUUGAGAAAGGCCCGCACCCCAGCAAUAGGUACUUUGUGACUGAGGAUGAUGGUAAAACAAUAUUUAUAUGCAAUAUUUUUAUGUACCAACAAAUUUCCAUAAAAGGAUUUAAAAAAACUUUACUUCUUGUGUUCCCUACUGAACAAGUCACUAGUGAUUACCUAUCUUCAUUAAACGUUACCCUUAGUACGAGUUUUACAAUUACGAAAACUAUGAUAGUUUUCGUGAGCUCGCACUCAUACUAAGGGUACUGAUUUUAUUGUUUUCGUUUCAAUACAAAUAAACAGUGUUUAAAUUCCAUCAUUAAAUCAUUUUUGUCUUCUUAAAUUUUAAGUAUAUUUGGUUACUUUUCAUCAAAAUGGACAUAGAAACAUAAUUUACAAUUACUAAAACUAUGAUAGUUUUCGUGAGCUCAAACUCGUACUAAGGGUACUUAUGUUACAAUAACAGAAUCAUAGAUAAAAUACACACUAUUAUUGUAAUUAGAGAUGAAACGAAAGUACACUUCAAGGUUUAAUAUAGAUUGGUAGUUAUACAUUAUAGCCACAUCUUAUUAACCAAAAAAUUAAAUUAUAAAAUAAUGUUUAAAUUAUUUAUUUCUAAUCACGAUUUAAUAUUUCAGUAUUCUGUACAAUAUAGAUAGUCUUAUUCUUGUUUUGGUUUAUCUUCUGAUGGAUUAGUGACCUCCUCAGUAGCAGGGUUACCUCGGAAAUUAGGGAACUGCUCCCAAGGUGCACUCAGCUCAAACCUACGGAACUCUUGUGCUAGUUCCAAAGGUUCCACCACUACACGCUUCUGCUCGUCAUCAUAGCGCACUUCAACAUAACCACUUAAAGGAAAAUCUUUUCUGAAGGGAUGGCCCUCAAAACCGUAGUCAGUUAAGAUUCUUCUUAAAUCUGGAUGAUUAGCAAAGAAGACUCCAUACAUGUCCCAGAUUUCUCUUUCGUACCAGUUGGCAGCCUUGAACACGUCACAGGCUGAAUCCACAGGUGUAAGUUCAUCAGUGUAAGUUUUCACUCUAAUUCUUGCAUUAUAACGCAGGGAUAGCAAGUUAUAAAUAAUUUCAAAUCUAUUGGGCCUAGAAGGCACGUCCAUGCCUGCGAUAUCAACAAGAUUUGCAAACUGCCCACUGUGGUGGUCUUUUAAAAAUUGCAGUACUGGUAUAACUGCUUCUGGAGGUACAAGAACUUCAAGUUCGUUGCCAGCGGUGAGUUGAACUUUCUGUACGUAUUUGGGCAUACAUUCUGCAAUAUAUUUUCCAAAAUCGAUAAGGUGAGUUUUUUGUAUAGGGUCGAUUUUAGCCACCGUCGGGCGAGUCUCCACCUGGGCCGUAGCUUGAUCGGUUUUUGUGGCUAAACGCUGAACUAUAGGUGAUUUUUUAUUGCUCAAUAUGAUGCGUCCUAAGAACUUUCCUGCACCAAAGGUGCGAUUGAAAAACAAAGACAUCGUUUAUAAAUGUUGUACCUACACGUACUUUCCUUACGUAAUUAUUUUCAAUUUCCCUAAAACAAAUUGCGUGCGGAAAAUGACAUUGACAGCGUCAGUGGAUGUCAAAGUAUUUUUGUCGUAAAUUUUUGAAAUUUGAAAGCAUAGAAAUACAUACUAAAGUCAACUACGCACUAUCCAUCUU